AUGGGAAGCAAGGCUCUGCCGGCCCCCAUCCCACUGCACCCGUCCCUGCAACUCACCAACUACUCCUUCCUCCAGGCUGUGAACACCUUCCCCGCAGCUGUGGACCAGUUGCAAGGUCUGUAUGGACUCAGCGCCGUGCAAACCAUGCACAUGAACCACUGGACAUUGGGCUACCCCAAUGUGCAUGAAAUCACCCGCUCCACCAUCACGGAGAUGGCGGCCGCCCAGGGCUUGGUGGACUCCCGCUUCCCUUUCCCCACGCUCCCCUUCGCCACGCACCUCUUCCACCCCAAGCAAGGGGCCAUCGCCCACGUCCUCCCAGCCUUGCACAAGGACAGGCCCCGCUUUGACUUUGCCAACCUGGCCGUGGCCGCCACGCAGGAGGACCCCCCCAAGGUGGGGGAGCUCGCCAAGCUGAGCCCCGGACUGGCGUCGCCCCUGUCGGCCAUCAGCAAGCUGUCCCCAGACAGAAAGCCCUCCCGCGGCCGCCUGCCCUCCAAGACGAAAAAGGAGUUCAUCUGCAAGUUCUGCGGCAGGCACUUCACCAAGUCCUACAACCUCCUCAUCCACGAGCGGACCCACACGGACGAGCGGCCCUACACCUGCGACAUCUGCCACAAGGCUUUCCGGAGGCAGGACCACCUGCGGGACCACCGCUUCAAAUCUGAACAGGAAUCUCCACACAAAUGCCCCACAUGUGGAAGAACCUUUAAUCAAAGAAGUAAUCUGAAAACUCACCUUCUUACCCAACAGACAUCAAGCCCUACAACUGUGAGCAGUGCGGCAAAGUGUUCAGGCGAAACUGUGAUCUACGGCGGCACAUCAUCCCUCUCGCGGAGAUUGCAGCAGGCAGCCUCCUGCCCGUAGACUUUGGCCACGGGCAAUUCACCCGCGUAGACAGGGACUUUAUCCUGCAGAAGACGAUUCUUUCCCGACAGCUCUGGAAGCAAACAGCGAGAAAACCCCGAGCUCAGCCUGAAGGGAGUGGUCUGUGCAGCAGGGCCCUGCCAGCAUGGCUGUACCAGGGGGAGUGCAAACAAGUUGUGUCCCCAGCUGACACACAGGCAGGGGUACAGACGGCCUCGGCGGAGACCCCGCAUGCUGUGCUGGGAGAGGCGGUGGCCCCAGGGGACGGACAGACAUCUCCUCUCAGACUUGACCGCGCUGUUUGAAAGUGGCAUCUCUGCCAGCUGCAGGCUACUGCUAGCCCCAGCACCCGGGUCUGGUGGCUGUCACAGGGCUGGUUUGGGUUUUCGGAGCUGGGGGAGCACUCCCACAAGCCGUCCUGCUGGUGACUCCAUCGAGGCCACAGCAGAAAGGGGGUCGAGGAAGGCGCUGGGUAGUACCUGGGCUGCUUGGGAGCAACCGAGCGAAUCUCCAAGCCUUCGGGGUCCAUCUGCCAUCGCCCUCCUCCCAGCAGGAGAAGGGGAGCAGCAGGACUUUUGCUUCCCUGAAAUUCUCGUCAGAUCCAGAGAGUGGCUCCAUCGCCUCACAGGGCUGAGGGCCGUGGCUGGGAGAAGAUUACAAACCCCCACUCUUUCGGCUUUCCCUCUGUGCAGAAAUCCCCCAGACUUCUGGCUUUGCAAUGAGCAAACUUCACCUUCCCUGUGCAGAUCAGCAAGAAACCUGCCGGCGCGGGCGGCGCCGGUGGUGCCUUGCCGUAGGCAGCGCUGCGAGACUCCCACUCCUCUGGCAGCACCUUGA